AUGAAUAUAUAUUUUUUAUGUAUUUUUGUAAUAUUAUUAUUCUUUUUUAAUAAUACUAAAAGUUAUCAUAACGAAGAGAGUAAAAAUAUCACUUUAUCCUAUAAUUAUAAUAAUACAAGAAAUAAAAGAGCAAUUUUUAAGAAUGUUCAACCAAAAUGGAUAUUUCCAAUAUCAUAUACAGUUGGAAAUAAUAUCAAUGGACAAUUGAUUGAAGAUGUUCUUAAUGGUAUAAGAAAAGAAACUUGUUUAACUUUUAAAAAAGUUUCAUCUUUUCAAGGUAUUGGAAUUAAAUAUGUUAAAGGAGCAUCAUGUGGAAUUUUUAGUAAAAAUUUUACCCCUGUAAUAAUUGGUAUUGCUCCAUUUUGUGGUAAAGUAGGAAAAAUUCAAAAAAAAACACUUAAUAUUUUAGGAUUAUUAGAUGAAGAAGAUAGACCCAACAGAAAUAAUUAUGUUACAAUAAAUUUUAAUAAUGUUGUUGAUAGUGUUCGAUUUGAAUUAAAUUCUAAAAAUCCUUCUGUAGUAAAUUCAUAUAAUCUAAGAUAUGACUAUGGUUCAAUUAUGCAUAAUGGAAAAUAUUAUGUUAGUAAAAAUGGAAAAAUGACAAUUGUUCCAAAAAAUAAAUUAUAUAUGAAUACAAUAGGUCAAAUUUCAGAGUUAGGAUUCAAUGAUAUGAAAACAUUAAAUAUGUAUUAUUGUUCAUCAAAAUGUCCAGUAAAAUUAAAUUGUUUAAAUGGUGGUUAUACAAAUCCUAACAACUGCAAUAUAUGUAAAUGUCCAAGAUUUUUUACUGGAAAAUUAUGUGGUCAAAUUUUUUCAUCUAUAAGUAGUUGUGGUAACACAAUAUUAACAGCCACUACAACAAGUAAAAUAUUAAAUAUUACAGGUAAAAAAAAUUGUAUUUAUCAAAUAUCAACACAAUCAGGAUCAAAAGUUAAACUGACAAUAUUAAAUACAAAAUUAACAAAAAGAAAUCCAUGUCCACCAAAUGUUGGUAUUGAAGUAAAAUUUUUAGCUGAUAAAUCAGUAUCUGGUGCAACUUUUUGUGGUAUAACAAAAAAUAUUAUAAUUAAUUCUAUAGACAAUAGUAUUAUACUAAAAUACAAUGGUCUUUUUGAAGAUAAUUAUUUAAAAUUUUCAUAUAUAAAAAUAUAA